CUUUUUGAACUAAAAUCUGAUCUAGUACAAUAUAUUACGGAUAGAUGGAUUCUAAUUAAAAAGAAAUUGACAGCUGCCACGUAAUUUUGCUAUGCAAGCAUGUAACGAAAAAAAAAAAAUGAAAAGAAAAUUGACUAAUCAAAACCGACCGGGAACUAAUUACCCAAAAAAAUAAUUCAAAAUCUCAACAAUUUUGAAUAGUUUUUUUGUAUUUCUAAUAUGCGUAUUAAACGUCUUACAAUCUUCUUAUUAGCACUUUCAAUUUUAUUCAUAUGGAUCGUAAGCACUUACAUAUUUUUCCCAACACGAGCCUUCAAUAAUGAAAUGGGAAAAAUGAAACAUAUUAUGAAACAAUUAGAUGAGCUCGAAGGUGGUGUGUCUCAAAUAAUGGGUGCCAAUAAGAAUAUAUUGCAUGAAAUGGCUUCGGAAUAUGAUUUACGCAUAGAGAAAAUUAAGAAGGCAACAGAAAAGGAAAUCAGUCAAGAUGAAAAAUUGAAAAAGUUACAAAAAAGUUUUAAUGGUGGUCCAGUAAUACCUGUGAUUGUUUUUGCAUGUAAUCGAAUUACGGUUAUACGAUGUUUAGAUCAAUUAAUACAGUAUCGACCGGAUCCACGUCAAUUUCCUAUUAUUGUUAGCCAAGAUUGUAAUGAUUUACAAACCAAAAAUGCAAUUAAUACAAAUUAUGGUGAUAAACUAACGUUAAUUGAACAACCAGAUCAAUCCGACAUUCAAGUACCACCUAAAGAAAAGAAAUUUAAAGGAUAUUUUAAAAUUGCUCGACAUUAUGGUUGGGCCUUAAAUCAAACAUUUUUUAAAUAUAAUUUUGACACAGCAAUUAUAGUUGAAGAUGAUUUAGAUAUUGCUCCGGAUUUUUUUGAAUAUUUUGUUGGAACAUAUUAUUUGUUAAAACAUGAUCCGACUUUAUGGUGUAUAUCUGCUUGGAAUGAUAAUGGAAAAUCAAAUUUAGUUGAUAUGGAAAAUGGAGCCAGUAAAUUGUAUAGAACUGAUUUCUUCCCAGGUCUUGGUUGGAUGUUAACAAAAGAGUUAUGGACUGAAUUAGCUCCUAAAUGGCCAAAAGCAUAUUGGGAUGAUUGGAUACGUCGACCUGAACAAAGAAAGGAUCGAGCGUGCAUUCGACCAGAAAUUUCACGAACUAGAACAUUCGGGAAAUAUGGAGUUUCAAAUGGUUUAUUUUAUGAAAAACAUUUAAAAUACAUUCAGUUAAAUGAUAAAUUUGUGCCUUUUUCGAAAAUGGACUUAACAUACUUACUCAAAAACUAUUACGAUGAACCAUUUCUGAAAGAAGUGUAUGAUAACAGUAUAGAAGUGAGUUAUCAUAAUUUACGAACGUUAGUUUUACCCGAAAAACAAUCAAUUAGAAUACCAUAUACAAAAGAAACGUAUAAAAAAGCUGCAAGAGCUGUUGGUCUGAUGGAUGAUUUUAAGAGUGGUGUACCACGAACGGGUUAUAGAGGUAUAAUUACAUUCCAUUGGAAUGGUAGAACAGCAUAUUUAGCCCCACCUAGAAAUUGGAACGGUUAUGAUCCUAGUUGGAGUUAACGAUAAUUUCUUUUUAAAUUCACUAUUAAAAAUAUUUCCAGUUUUUCAAAAUUUCAGAAAAUUCA